AUGGGAGGCCAACUUUCCAAGAUGAUGGGCAGGAUCUUCGGAUCAAAGGAGAUGCGCCUGCUCAUGCUCGGCCUCGACGCUGCCGGCAAGACCACGAUUCUCUACAAGCUCAAGCUGGGUCAGGACGUCACGACCAUUCCCACCGUUGGCUUCAACGUCGAGACUGUCACCUACAAGAACGUCAAAUUCAAUGUCUGGGACGUCGGUGGCCAGGACAAGAUCCGGCCCCUGUGGAGGCAUUACUUCAGCGGCACCCAGGGUCUCAUCUUCGUCAUUGACUCGUCCGACCGCGCACGUAUGGAAGAGGCCAGGCAGGAAUUGCACCGCAUCAUCAAUGAUAGGGAGAUGAAGGACAGCCUGUUGUUGGUUUUUGCCAACAAGCAGGAUCUCGACAACGCCAUGAAGCCACAGGAGGUGACCGAGGCCCUCAAGCUCAAUCAACUGAAGGAUAAGAUAUGGUUCGUCGUGCCCAGCUGCGCAACGACCGGCGAAGGCCUGCUCGAGGGCCUUGCCUGGUUGUCCAACAACGUCAAGACCCCCGCUGCCCCGGCCAAGAAGUAG